AGCCGUUGAAUUCAGUAUUGCCAUGGCAACCAGACGGUGGCUUUUCCAAAAACAAAAGCUGUCGGUUAUUUAUACUUUAGUUUUAUUGUCUCUCCUCAGUAGUUUUGCCUCCUUAGUCGUAUUCUGGUAUACGUUUGAAAAUUACAUGAUUUCAGAUUUGAAGCCCGAUCACUCAUUAAGCAUCCAAUUAUCAAAUAGCAACCCCAGUGUUUCAGAGAGAUCCAGCAAAACGAGUUCACAUUUACGGCUGAUUUGGACGAAUGGCGUUAUCCAUGAUAGCCAUGGAGGGUCAACUCAUGGGAACAGUGAAUCGGUCCUCAAGAUUCAAACCAAGUCAAGAAAUCAUUGUCCUUUCAGGUCACCUUUAUUGGUAGGCUGGUUGAAUAUUUCGUCAAUCUUACCUGGAUUAUUAGAAAACAAUACAGAACAGUCAAAUCUUAAAAUUGGAGGAACGUAUGAACCUACGAAUUGUCAACCACGAGAAAAAGUAGCCCUCAUAGUGCCAUACCGACGAAGGAAGGAACAUCUAAAAAUAUUUCUGCGAUAUAUGCAUCCAUUUCUACAACGUCAACAGCUUGCAUACGCUGUUUUUGUCGUGGAACAAUUUGAUAGUCUUCCGUUCAACCGCGGAAUGCUAAUGAAUAUUGGAUAUAAAGAGGCCAUCAAAAUGGAUUCUUUUAAAUGUUUCAUCUUUCAUGACGUUGAUCUUCUUCCUGAAGAUGACAGAAAUCUUUAUAAAUGCCCAGAAGACGGCAAACCCAGACAAAUGGCUUUUCUAAUGGAUAUUUAUGAUUAUAAACCAGCUCCAAACAGCUAUUUCGGAGGUGUUAACGCGUUUUUAACAACCAAUUUCCAACUCAUUAAUGGUUUCUCCAAUCUAUUCUGGGGAUGGGGCAGCGAGGAUGAUGAUUUGUAUCGCCGCCUACUCCGCCAUAAUCUUACGGUAGUAAGAUUGUCCUCACCGGAUUCCUCCCUCGUUCAAAUUGCUCGAUAUACGAUGUUGGACCAUGACUGGGUGAAUCCGAAUCCGGAUCGGGAUUUGUUAUUUAAAGAAUGGAGUUAUCGACAAAAAUAUGAUGGACUCAGUAACCUUAAAUAUGAGGUAUUAAAGAUAGAAGUAACACCACUUUAUACCCACAUUUUGGUUGAUUUAAGACCAAAAAUGCCAAAAUAAAACUAGAUUAGGAAGUGGCGAGCAAUUUGCUACACUAUUGGUUAAAUCCUAGUUUAAUAGGCCUGAUGGUUACAUAUAGAUAAGAAUUAAUCCAUAUGAAUAUGAUGUAUGCUAUGUAAAAAAGGUAGCAGAUGAUGGGGCUAGUCGGCCACUCUUUUUUACUUUCAUUUCACAUUUCUUUUACUUUUUGUUUCGAGACAAGACAAGAUAUAAAAUAAAGUUUACAUAAUGCUUUCUUA